AUGCAACUCAGGCUUGCUGCUGAGACAGAACCGCCCGAUUCCGCCGGCACUACGCAGCGCAAAUCUCCCAUCGUGGGCGGCGGCCGCAAUGCAAAGUAUCGCUUCACCGUGCUCGCAGACGGCCUCCUGCGCUACGAGUGGGCGCCAGACGGCCACUUCGAAGACCGGCCCUCGGUGUUCGCCACCCAGCGGGACAAGUGCCCGACGCCGGAGUUCCGCGUGGCCGAGACGGACGACACCCUCGAGAUCGCCACCGCGCGCUUCCGCCUCACCUACGACAAGCAAGAGUUCAGCCCGGGAGGCCUCUUCGCCGUCGUGAAGAACCACACGCAGAAGACGUGGCGGUACGGCGAGCCGCCGUCGCCGGGCGAGAACCUCGGCGGCACGGCGCGCACGCUCGACGGCGCCGACGGCGCCGUGGACAUGGGCCUCGGCGUCGCGUCGCGCCGGGGCCACGCCGCGAUCGACGACUCGCACACGAUGCUCUUCGACGACGAGGGGCGGCCCGCCACGCGCCGCCCGGGCCCGGGCCGCGUCGACGGCUACCUGUUCGCCUACGGGUCCGACUACCGCGCCGCCGUGCGGGCGCUGUACGCCGUCUCGGGCCCGGCGCCGCUGCUGCCGCGCUGGGCGCUGGGCAACUGGUGGAGCAGGUACUACCCGUACACCGCGGCGGGGUACCUCGCGCUCGUGGACCGGUUCCGGGCCGAGGGGGUCCCGCUGUCGGUCGCGGUGCUCGACAUGGACUGGCACAUCGCCGGCGGGGACCCGCGCGUGAGGCGCUCCGGCGCCAGCGGGUGGACGGGCUACACGUGGAACCGGGAGCUGAUCCCGGACCCGCCCGCGUUCCUCGGCGCGCUGCACGACCGCGGGCUCAGGACUACGCUCAACGACCACCCCGCGGACGGCGUCUACCCGUUCGAAGACCUGUACGAGCGAUUUGCAAAGGCUACGGGCCGCGACCCGUCCGAGAAGGAGCCCAUCCCGUUCGACGCCACGGACCGGCGGUACCUCGAUGCGUACUUCGACGUGCUCAUCGCGUCCCUGGAGAAGGACGGCAUGGACUUCGUCUGGAUCGACUGGCAGCAGGGGCCCUACUCGCGGCUCAGGGGCGUCGACCCGCUCUGGGUGCUCAACCACUUCCACUACGCCCACAACGCGCAGAGUCACAAGGGCCAGCACCGCCAGCACGAGCAGCCGCUCAUCCUCUCGCGGUACGCGGGGCCCGGCAGCCACCGCUACCCGGUGGGCUUCUCGGGCGACACGCGCGUGACCUGGGCCAGCCUGGCCUUCCAGCCCGAGUUCACGGCGACGGCGGCCAACGUCGGCUACGGGUGGUGGAGCCACGACGUGGGCGGGCACAUCGGCGGCGCCAAGGACGCCGAGCUGCUGGCCCGCUGGGUCCAGCUCGGCGCCUUCUCGCCCGUCGCGCGGCUGCACUCGACCAGCUCGCCGUGGGUCGCCAAGGAGCCCUGGCGGCUGCCGCGCGGCGACGCCCGGGCCGCGGUCGCGGGGUUCAUGCGCCUCCGGCACCGCCUGCUGCCGUACCUGUACACCAUGAACGCCCGGGCCGCGAGGACGGACGGCGCGGACGGCGAGCCGCUCGUCCAGCCGAUGUACUGGGACUACCCGGACUGCGAGGAGGCGUACCGGUACAGGCAGCAGUACCUCUUCGGGUCCGAGAUGAUCGUCGUGCCCAUCGUGUCGCCGCAGGACCGGCGCGUGGGGUUGGGCAGGGCGAGGGGCUGGCUGCCGCCGGGCAAGUACGUUGACUUCUUCACGGGGGUGGCGUACCAGGGCGGCCGGGAGCUGUGGUUCUCUCGCACGCUGGAGACAUAUCCCGUUCUCUUGAGCCAAGGCUCGAUAGUACCGCUUGACCGGGCGGAAACUCCGGAGUUCGGGGCCAGGAACCCAGAUGGCCUCGAGGUUGUCAUUGUCGUUGGGGCAGAGGGGAUAUUUGAUCUUGUCGAGGAUGACGAAGAGACUGGCGCGAGGAUGACAACGACGAUUUAUAUUGAACAGGACGAAGGUCUUAUCGGCAUCCGCCCAACGCUAGGAGUUCCUCAGGGGUCAAGGGCUUCCAGGAUUAAGCGCCACUGGGCACUGCGACUGAUAGGGUUCCGGGGGCAAUCUGAACCUGUGGAAAUCAUGGUCGGUCUCGCUAAGCCGACACAUGCGCAAACGUCCCAAGUGGCCAACGGUCUUGUCAUCGACAUCGGGUACAAGCUUCCAGAAGACAGUGUCGUGGUGUUCAUGAGCGACGACCCACAGCUCGCGCCCAACAAUGCGGUCUCGCUCGUUCGCGAAGUCGUGGACCGCGCAGAGGUAGAGUACGACCUCAAAGACGCCAUCUGGAAGCUGUUUGAGAAGCCAGAUACUCCUCGGUCCACGCAGAUAUCCGGGCUGGAGGCGAUCGACAUGAGCUCCGAGUUGCGGGUGGCGAUUCUAGAGUGCCUGCUGGCUGAUGCCUGCGAGUAA